UGAACAAUUAACAAGUUUUUGUUUGAUAGCCGAUCAAUGGACUGAAGCUCGUACCGGUGUUACUUACUGUGGCAUAGCUUUACGAUACGUUGGAGAAUAUUCUCAAUUAUUUACGUUCAUCAUUGGUUGUUUUCCGUACAAUGCAGCUAGCCAUUCAGCACAACAUCUUCGAGAAUUUGUUAAUAAAAUAUUAGACGAAUAUAAACUACAACUGGACUCAACAAAAUUUGUUGCUACAGAUAAUGAGCCAAAAAUAUUGCCAGCAUUUCGGGAACAAUGUUCUUGCGUUGGUUGUGCUGAUCACUAUUUGAAUAAACAGUUACAACAUGCUUUUCCAUCAGAUCAAAUUCAUUUAAAUAAAAAUGCAAUUGAAAAAGUUGAUUGUGAAUUAGUUCAAAAUAUUUUUAGUCAAGUUAAAAACUGGUUUCUUCUGUAA